AUGGAAGAAAAGAGGACAAUAUCUCGACGACCGUCGGACAACCACCGGCUCCGCCGACUUAACUCUGUUGGCCCAGUGGACUCAGGAGAUCCGGAUUUGAGCGGCUGCUGCUGCCGCGGUCCCCCUUACCGCAGCCGGGAUACAGACGACCGUCAAACAGCUGCUAAAGCCGCGAUUCAAACAGCCGCUGCCAUCGCCCACCACUUAUCCACGCCGCAGUCGCGAUUCGGACAGCUGCCGCCGCCGCCGCCCAUACCUGAUCGACCGGAAUUUGGGAGCAGCUGUCACUGCCUGGGCAGACAGCACCACCGGAGCUACAUCCAAGGAUUGAACAACCCAGUGCCGGCUCAUGAGACAUUAAAGGACGCGCACACAGGAAUAAAACCAUUUGAACAUCCUUUCUGUGGAUGUGAGAAUUCCAUCCUGGUGAAGCACCCGAGGACUCACACAGAAGAGAAAACCUUUGAAUGUCCUGAUCCUGGAAAAAGUCAGUCACAAUUUAAGUCUGGUGAUGCAUCAAAAUUCCACCUCCUGAGACACAAGACCACUCACACAGGAGAGAAGCCCUUUAAAUGUCCUAUCUGUGGGAAAGGUUUUAGUCAGAAUUCCCACCUGGUGCUACACCAGAGGACUCACACAGGUGAGAAACCCUUUGAAUGUCCUGAUUGUGGGAAAGGUUUUAGUCACACUUCCCACCUGGUGAAACACCAGAGGACUCACACAGGAGAGAAACCCUUUGAAUGUCCUAUCUGUGGGAAAGGUUUUGGUGAAAAUUCCAGCCUGGUGAAACACCAGACGACUCACACAGGAGAGAAAUGUUUUGAAUGUUCUAUCUGUGGAAAAAGUUUUAGUGAUAAUUCCAGCCUGGUGAGACACCAGAGGACUCACACAGGAGAGAAACCCUUUGAAUGUCCUGACUGUGGGAAACGUUACAGUCAUAAUUCCAGCCUGGUGAGACACCAGAGGACUCACACAGGAGAGAAACCCUUUCAGUGUCCUAUAUGUGGGAAAAGCUUUAGUGAUAAUUCCAAUCUGCUGACACACCAGAGGACUCACACGGGAGAGAAACCCUUUGAAUGUCCUAUCUGUGGGAAAAGUUUUGGUGAUAAUUCCAACCUGGUGAAACACCAGACGACUCACACGGGAGAGAAGCCCUUUGAAUGUCCUAUCUGUGGGAAACGUUACAGUCAGAAUUCCUACCUGGUGCGACACCAGAGGACUCACACAGGAGAGAAACCCUUUGAAUGUCCUGACUGUGCAAAAACUUUUAGUGUUAAUUCCACCAUGGUGAAACACCAAAGAACUCAUACAGGAGAGAAACCCUUUCAGUGUCCUAUCUGUGGAAACGUUUUAGUGAUAAUUCCACCUGAACAUGGUGAAACACCAGAGGACUCACAAGGAGAGAAACCCUUUGAAUGUACUAUCUGUGGGAAAGGUUUUAUUGAUAAUUCCAACAUGGUGAAACACCAGAGGACUCACACAGGAGAGAAACCCUUUGACUGUCCUAUCUGUGGGAAAGGUUUUAGUGGUAAUUCCAGCCUGGUGAGACACCAGAGGACUCACACAGGAGAGAAACCCUUUGAAUGUCCUAUCUGUGGGAAAAGUUACAGUCAGAAUUCCUACCUGCUGACACACCAGAGGACUCACACAGGCGAGAAACCCUUUGAAUGUCCUAUUUGUAGGAAAGGUUUUAGUGAUAAUUCCAGCCUGGUGAGACACCAGAGGACUCACACAGGAGAGAAACCCUUUGAAUGUCCUAUCUGUGGGAAAAGUUACAGUCAGAAUUCCCACCUGGUGUUACACCAGAGGACUCACACAGGCGAGAAACCCUUUGAAUGCCCUAUCUGUGGGAAAUGUUACAGUCAGAAUUCCCACCUGGUGAUACACCAGAGGACUCACACGGGAGAGAAGCCCUUUGAAUGUCCUAUCUGUGGGAAAAGUUUUAGUGAAUAUUCCAGCCUGGUGAAACACCAGACGACUCACACAGGAGAGAAACCCUUUGAAUGUCCUAUCUGUGGGAAAAGUUUUAGUGAAAAUUCCAGCCUGGUGAAACACCAGACGACUCACACAGGAGAGAAACCCUUUGAAUGUCCUAUCUGUGGGAAAAGUUUUAGUGAAAAUUCCAACCUGGUGAGACAUCAGAGGACUCACACAGGAGAUAAACCCUUUGAAUGUUCUGACUGUGGGAAACGUUACAGUCAGAAUUCCAGCCUGGUGAGACACCAGAGGACUCACACAGGAGAGAAACCCUUUGAAUGUCCUAUCUGUGGGAAAAGUUUGAGUGAUAAUUCCAACCUGGUGAUACACCAGAGGACUCACACAGGAGAGAAACCCUUUGAAUGUCCUAUCUGUGGGAAAAGUUUUAGUGAUAAUUCCAGCCUGUUGAAACACCAGAGGACUCACACAGGAGAGAAACCCUUUGAAUGUCCUAUUUGUAGGAAAGGUUUUAGUGAUAAUUCCAGCCUGGUGAGACACCAGAGGACUCACACAGGAGAGAAACCUUUUGAAUGUCCUAUCUGUGGGAAAAGCUUUGGUUAUAAUUCCAACAUGGUGAUACACCAGAUGACUCACACAGGAGAGAAACCUUUUGAAUGUCCUGAUUGUGGGAAAAGUUUCAGUAACAAUUCCAACCUGGUGAUACAUCAG